AUGGAACUCCCGACGAUCAUCGUUCUGCAACUCCAAGAGCAACUGCUGACGUCCUGGAGUGAAAUGUACAACCCGUUCGUAAACAAACUCCAGGCCAAGUCGAACGUGCAAAUGAUAUCAACCAUCGAGGAAGCUGGCAACGCGCUUCAGAGCACACCGCCACCAGCAGCGGUCUGGGCUACCGACAAAGCGCUCGCCGAGCCCGAGUUCCGUCAGCUGAAAGACCUAGCCGUUGUCUACGUUCGCAAUGGUGGUACUAUCGUCUUCGGAGCUCGCUUCUCGGGGUCGGACGCUCUAUUCAGCGACUUUUCUCUGCCCUGGCGCGUUGACGACUACUACCGUGGGACUUUCCAUCUCAACGCAACGGUGACGAGCGUCCGGAAAACAGGUCUUGCGCCGAGCUACAGCCAGAAAGCCCACCACUUGACGAAUGUCCAGCACGAAGAUGCACUGUACCUGCCUUCUCAUUCUUCGAGACCGCCUCCGAGGGUCUUCUUCGAUCCCUCGGUUGACUGGCUGAGGCACACGCCGGUGGCUUUGGGGAGCUUCGGGGAGGGUAAGGCGGGGUACAUGGGGGAUAUCAAUGCAGAGGUUGAUAGUGAGAACGUGCUGUUGGCACUUCUUGGGUUGAACGAUUGA